UCUUUAUAAAAUUUGUCUCAUAUAUUUGAUAUCAUUAUUUAUGAAUAAUAUGAAACAAUAAGUAAAGAUCAAUCGUCUUUUAUCUCUGUUGCAUCGUUCGAAUAGUUUGUAGACGUUUGAAUUACGCGCGGUUUCUAGCGAAGCGAGCGCCAUGUUCCUACGUUGACCAAUCAAAGAAACUACACUAGCCUACCUGAGUAUAAUUAUAAUCAUGGUAUAUAACGGUUCGGAAAGUUGAUGCGUGACGUAUUCGAUGGUCGCAGUUCGCGCUUUACAUUUCUAAAGGAGUGUAAUAUGUUCGUCAAUCGCGUUUUAAUACCGUUUGGAAAUUAAUUUUUAUUCGUCGCGAUAAUAACCUAUUUUCUAAUAAGGCCGUGGCCAAACGUGUAAAUCAUGGGUUCAAAGAAGCACAAAAAACAUAAGCGCCAGAGGCACGAAGGAAUUUUGACUGCGUUUUCACCACGGACAAACUGAGAGUGAGGUUGGAGUAGAAGUGAGGUGGAUUCAAAAGUAUAAACGAAGGUUCCACAACGACAGGCGCGACGGGGAAGUAAGUGACGUGUAACUACAGACAUGGACUGGUUGCACGACAGAAGCUAGCUGUGCUCCAAAGUUAUUUAAAUACCCCAAACCUAUCCAUUUUUGUCUUUUAAAACCAGUUGAAGUGCAACAAGAUCGAUAACGACAAAUGAUUGAUCUCUUGCCUGCAAAUGUUGCGGAAGAUGGUAUUACUCUACGAUAAGAAGAAAAGAAAAGAAGAUAAAAGAAAGUAAACCUGUUGCGCUUCAACCGCAUAGUUCCCUGGCUGUUAUGUAUUACGGCAUCGAAGACCGUAUGUGCUUUGCUUUAGCCCUUUAAGAGAAGGACAAUAUACGACAACGGACAAACCGCCUACUUUAAAAUUAAUUUUAAAGGUAGGAGGCAGCAGUGGGACUCCAGAAUACGGCAACGAGUCUCCAAGCCAAGGCACUAUGUUAUCUCAGCACUACCAACAGCAACUAGGUAUAAAUUACUCUGUCACGCAAGGGGACUCAGAAUAUGAUAGGUACAUGGGUCACAAGAAGCUUAAAAAGAAAAAGAAGAAAAAGGACAAGCGACACAAACAUCAUCACAAAGAUAAAAAGAGAAGGAGAGAAGAGUCGAGUCAAGAAUCCGUGGGCGACGCGGACGAAGGUUUCGUCGAAGUGCCCAAGAAAAUUCCAAAUCAACAAUUGUUAUCUCCUAGACCUCUUUCGAGCAAUGAACCUAGAAUCAAUGUUACCAAUCAAAUUAGUUCGCUCUCGCCACAUCGCGAGCCAAGAACUUGCGUUCUUCGAAAAAUAGCAGAGCGUACGCCUCUCCAGAGACUAUUGGAACAUUUGUUAAGGUCGAUGGAAAAGCGUGACCCGCAACAAUUCUUUGCUUGGCCAGUGACCGACAGUAUUGCACCUGGUUAUUCUCAAAUAAUAACAAAUCCGAUGGAUUUUAGUACUAUAAAACAGAAGAUAGACGAUAAUAAUUAUCAGAAUUUGAACGAAUUCAUAGACGAUUUCAAGCUUAUGUGUAACAACGCAACUACCUAUAACCAUCAGGAUACUAUAUAUUAUAAAGCUGCUAAAAAAUUGUUACACGUCGGUUUGAAAAUGGUUACCCCUGAGAAACUUAGACAGUUAAGACCUGUUUUAACUUACAUGCAUGAUAUAUCAAAGGAGGAGCUUGGAUUUGAGUUGGGAGUCGAAGAUCCUAACAAUCCGGAUGUUCUCGUUACCGAGGAACAAAUCGAAAGAGAGAGGGAACAAGAGGAGAGAAACGAAGAGGCCGAAGAAUUGCGAAAGGAAAAUCAAAGAAAAAUGAGAUUGGCGAGUUUGGGUAAAUUCGAAGCUAUACCGGACGAUCUAACGCCUGAGGAAAUUCUUAAACAAGCACGUGGUGCUGCCAAAUCGGCGUCAGAAAAAUUAAGCUUGAAACGUUUGAACUCGAAAAUGGGAUUUUUGAGACAGAAGAAGGACGGUACUACGAGUUUACAAAUUAUAGUUCCUGGAGACGGUGUUAUACCUGGUACGAAUCAAAGGCCGGUAUCGUUAGGACAACUAAUAGGCAAAUUAAAUCAUGGUACUGGCGCAUUGGCCGGUUUCAGAGAAGAUAGGAGAAAUAUGUCGAAACCAGUAAAGCCAUUGUAUUACGGAGCAUUCGGAUCUUAUGCUCCAAGUUAUGAUUCCACUUUUGCUAAUCUCACUAAAGAAGAGACUGAUCUGGUCUAUCAGACGUACGGGGACGAAACCGCUGUUCAGUACGCAGAAUCUAUUCUAGAUUUUGCGAAAGACUGUGAUUAUACUUUAACUAUGGUCGACGAUUUAUUGGAUAUUCUUACCGGCGGUGAUCAUAGAAAGACGAAGAAGUUUCUCGAGGAGAAGAGAAGGCUUAAAGAGGAAGAGGAAAAGAUUAAGCAUUUAUUAGAGAAGCCUAUGCAGGAUAUAAACAAAAACAUUCCGUCGUUGGAGAAAGUUCGAGUAGAUAUCGAUCAAUUGAAAACGUUGUCGGAAUUGGGCAUAGAUAUGAAUUUCUUGGAAAAAUUAGAGGAGGAGUUAAAGUUCAGCGAGGAUCGUGCAGCCUUACAAAGUCGUUUAGACGAUACUUCGCAGAUGUUGGGUCGUUUGAAACAAGUACAACACGAUCGUCUCUCGGCACCUCCACCUGCUCAUUUAUCGAACGUUCCUAAGGCCUCGGAAACUGAAGUUGCCCUUGCCGAUAAGAUUACGGAUAAUCUCACGGAAAUAGCAAAGAAACUUCCACCGUCAGCUAUAGCACCAGUUGAUGGAUUACGUAGGGCAAUGGGGAUAGCACCUUUAGCUGGAGGUGAACCAAUGGAAGUCGAACCCAUUACUCAUAAUCCGGCAAUAGUUACGGAAAAUACAUUGUUACAACCGACCAAUGGCAAUCAAGUUCCAACGAAUCUUUUACCAGCACCAUCGCCUAUUCCAAAUACGAGUUUGCUCAGUCCAAACAGUCAACAGAAUCAAACGAUCAGUAUUGUCAAUCCGAAUCAAAUGCAAAUCGGUGUUACGCACAAUCAAAACUCACCGUCUUUGCUAAGUACGACGGAACCAUCGGGAGUUCCCGAUCUGGAAUCUGAACUCCGAGAGUUUUUGGAAAGCGAUCCUACAUUAGGACAUUCACCAUUACACGAUGACAAAACACUCGAAGAUAUAUUAUCCGAAUCAUAAUACUUUAAAGUGUGAGAUGCAUGUAUAAGGAUAAAUUGUACAUUUUAUUACAUCUACGUAAUAGGCACAUUUUCUGAUCAUAUGUUAUAAAUAAAUAAGACUUAUCGCAAAAA